AUGGUUCAUGCUUACCCUCUCUGUUCUUCCCCUUCGUCCACCUUCUCUGAUUUCACAACUCGCAUUUCAUCCCCUAAUUCUUUCGCCAACCCCAAAUUCCCCAACUUCAAUAAAAAAUCCCGCAAAUUCAAAAUCUUUCUCUCUUUCCAACCACCUAAUUCUCUUGAAGAUGCAAAUCACAAUGACCCACAUGCAAAUUCCUCAACUUUAUCCAAAUCUAAAAUCUGGGUCAAUCCCAAAAUCCUCAGUUCCGGACGGGUUUGGAGCAAAACCCAACACGCCAUCUCUUCUCUCGCCAAAUUGGACAAAUCUUUUGACCCAUCUGAUCCUAUUGAGCAGCAAGUUUCUGAAAUUCUCAAGUGUUUGGGAAACAAUGCUGCAGAACGUGAUGCAGAGCAUGUUCUCCAUAACAUAGCAAACCCUGAAAUUGCGAUUCUUGCUCUUGAAUACUUCAAGAAGAAGCUUGAACCGGAGAGACAUGUUGUUCUUUACAAUGUGUUGCUUAAGCUUUUUAGGGAAAUUAAGGAUUUUGAGAAAGCAGAGAAGGUGUUUGAGGAAAUGCUCCAGAGAGGAGUCAAGCCUAAUGUUGUUACGUUUUCGACUUUGAUUAGAUGUGCUUCUCUUUGUUCUUUGCCGCAUAAAUCUGUGGAGUUGUUUGAGAGGAUGCCUUCUUUCCGGUGUGAACCGGAUCACAAUGUGUCAUCGUCUAUGAUUUAUGUUUAUGCUCGUAUGGGUAAUGUUGAUAUGGCUUUGAAAUUAUAUGAUGAUGCGAAAAAUGAGAAAUGGCCUGUUAGGACAGUGGCUUUCUCUGCUUUGAUUAAGAUGCAUGGUGUGUUGGGAAACUAUGAUGAGUGUUUGAGUGUUUAUAAAGAUUUGAAGGCUCUUGGUGUUAGGCCGCACCUGACAUUGUAUAAUGCUUUGCUGUAUGCAAUGGCGAAAGCUAAGAGGCCAAGGGAUGCUCAGGGUUUAUACGAAGAGAUGAAAAUGAAUGGAAUUUUGCCAAAUUGGGCAACCUAUUCUGCUCUCUUGGAAGCUUAUUCGAGAGGACGGUUAAGUAAAGAAGCGUUGCGUGUGUAUAAAGAAAUGAAGGAAAAGGAGAUGAAAAUGAAUAAAUUUCUUUACGGCAUGCUUAUUGACAUGUGUGCUGAUGUUGGCUGUGUAGAUGAAGCUGAAGAAAUAUUUGAAGAUAUGAAGCGUUCCGAGACUUGUGAGCCAAACCUUAUUGUAUACUCAUCCUUGAUUAACAUGUAUUCAUGCAUUGGGAAAGUUUUGGAGGCGGAAGCCAUGUUGAAUGAAAUGAUAAGCCACGGGUUCGAGCUUAAUAUUUUUGUUCUCACAAUGUUUGUUCAUUGCUACGGAAAGGCCAGACGAACCGAUGAUGUUGUGAAUAUAUUUAAUAAAAUAUGGGAGACUGGCAUCACUCCCGACGACCGUUUUUGGGAUUGUCUUUUGAAUGUGAUGAUCGAACUACCAAAAGAAGAGCUCGGUAAGAUAACAAAUUGCAUUGAGAAAACUAACCCAAAACUUGGUUAUAUUGUGACAUAUUUGACGGAAGGGGGCGAGGAAGAUGGAUAUUUUAUAAAGGAAACAUCAGAACUUUUAAGUUCAGCUAAAGAUGAUGUAAAGAAGUCCUUGUGCAACAAUCUACUUGAUCUUUGUGUCAACCUUGGUGUGCAAGACAGAGCUCGCGACAUUCUUGACUUGGGAUUGACGCUUAAGAUUUAUAGCGAUAUACAAUCGAGAUCUGAAACUCAGUGGUGUUUGAACCUAAAAAAACUCUCAGUUGGAGCUGCUAUGACAGCAUUUCAUGUUUGGAUAGACGACUUGUCUAAGGCUUUUGAAUCAGGCGAGGAGCUUCCACAAAUACUUGGAAUUUGUACGGUCCCUUGGAGACACAGGCGAUCGGAGAAAGACUUGGCUAGUGUAUUUGAAUCAUAUCUGAAAGAACAUAGUGCUCCUUUCCACAAGGCUACUAAUAUGGAUGGCUGGUUUCUUACUACAAGCCAAGAUGCCAAAUCAUGGCUGCAGUCUAGAGGUUCAAUUGAUAGAGUUGUUAUAGGUUAG